AUGGUGACCUUGUCGACCGGAAGGAUUGAUACUAAAGCACACACACACACACACACACACCUAUAUAUAUACACAUACAUGUAUGUAAAGAUUGAUAUGAGUGCAUAUAUAUGUGCCUUAGUUGGAACCAUAAAAGUUAAGCUGUUGAGCUCUUGCGAAGAGGCCUGGUGCGAAUACCCAAUCCGGUCAAUUUCCCGAUCGGGCCAUAUGUCUGCAAGAGGAAAACAAGCACUGUCUGAUCCGACGUCGACGUCGGACGGUGCGAUCUUGCGGCGGGCUUGCAGUCAUGGCGGGUUCGAAAGCGUCAGCGCCCAGCGGCACUCGUCCAAGCAGCAUUUCAUGGGCCUGCUCCAGCGAAGACAUGUGUACAUGCAUGCAUCUCCAAUGGCCCUUGCAUGCCCAUACCCCCCACCACACGCAGCACCACGCUGUCACUGUCGCUGUCCACUGCCAUCACUCCUGCGCUGCGGUUACCCGCCGCUCACCAACAACGAAGGCCCGCACCCGCUCGCCGGUCGCCGCUGA